AUUGAAAGUCUUAAUAACACUUGAUGUCUGCACCAUUAAGACAUUUUCGCUCCAAUCUUGCAUCCCCUCAAAUGCCAACCUGACAUCGUUCACCAUGCGACACCAGAGACUCCUGGCCCUUUGGGCUCUGCUCGUGUCCCGCUAUUCAAGCAUCACCAUCUCAUCCACCAACGAUGCGAAUACCUUGGCAAAUGCUUUAUUCUCAGGUACUCGUCUGGAAAGCCUUGGGAGGAGCCAGGUACACCUGUGGUGGUUGCAGAGGCUGUCAGGCUGCACCUUGCACCCUGCACAUUGGCUGCUGUAAUUUUCGCCUUGGGAUUGAUCUUCUGUCACUUGAUAGAAGUAUCACUAUGACAUCCGACAAAAUAUAUACCCAUGAUUAUCAAUAUCUGUUCCAAUUCGCAUGAUUCUCCUUUGAAUACACUAAAUACACUACCCAAGUGUCAAGGCCUGACCUACGGAAGAACAAUGUGUCGCCAGUGGAGAUAUCGAAUGACCGUGAACU